AAUGAUAACAUAGGGGCAGAGAGAGAGAGAGACCAGACCAGCUCUGGUAACAGGGUAUAAAAGAGCCAAAACGAAAAGGAGACAAAGUACACAAGGGGUCAACUUUCCUCCGUCCAGUGACAACACCACCGCUGUACAAUAUGUCUCAGCUAGAGGUAAAGAAGAAGAAGCGUCCAGUUAUCAAAGAGGAAGACCUGAAAGGAGCCCGCAAUAAACUGGGGAUGAAGGGUGAGGCCAAGAGCAAAACAUAUGAAGUCAUGGUCGAGUGUGAGCGCAUGGGGAAGGUUGCACCGUCUGUAUUCAGUGGAGUACGAUCAGGAGCUGAGACAGCAUUUGAGAAACCCAAGCCUCCAUCAGGAAGCGUGUUUGCCAAGUGAGAAGUUGAGUGGAGAGAUGAACAAAUAGACUCUUGUUGUAUGUGUUUUAUAAACAGUAUGUCUACGAUGGCAUAUGCCAUAUAGGUUCUUGACUAUAAUGGGGUAAUUUUGUUGUGUAUAAUUGUAUUUUUUCAGUAACAAUACACUACAAUGAGAUGCAUUUGUUAACAUUAAUGUAUUAGGUAUCAUGAACAAACAUUUAACAAUAUAUAUAUUUUUAACAGCAUUUAUUAAUGUUUGUUAAUCAAAAAUACAUUGUUUAUUGUUAGUUCAUAGUGCAUUAACUCAUGUUAACUAAUACAACUUUUGAUUUAAAAAAAAUUUAUUGGUAUGUGUUGAAAUUAACAUUAAGAUUAUUAAAUGCCGGAAAAGAAUUGUUCGUUGGUAGUUAACAACAUUAACAUGAACUAAUGUUAACAAAUGGAAUCUUAAUGUAGUGUUAUCAUUAAUUUUUUUACUGUUAGCUGUUGUUAAAGCAUUCAUUGUCCUUAAAGACCUGUCUGAACCCUUAUGUCAAUUUCUAAUGUCUUGUUUUGUAUAUAAAAACAUUUCUAAAAUUGCCAGUCACCAAACAUAAUUUCUGUCAAGUCGUGUACAAAUAUGUCUGUCAUUUCAAACCAAGUGCAUGACACAGUUUACAGAUGCUCAUUCGUUAAAAGAUGUAGCCACACCAAGAUGUAUUUCCUUACCCAGAUUACGGUUGAACUUAUUUAUGAAUGUUUGUUCACUAUAUCCAUGAGAUAUGUUUCAACAUCACACUCCAAUCUAAGGGUCAUCAUCACUGAAGCAUCUCACACAGUAAUUCACAAAUUUCAGCUAGUUAAGACACCUGGGGAAUGACAAACAUCUUCAAAAAGGACAUUCAACUGUAAAUGACUGAACUCAACUUAAUGAAUAAACUUCACACAAAUCACCAAUUAACAAUUUUU